AUGCCUCCAGUAAAUAGAGGAAGAUCAAGUGGAUAUUCUAAAUGCCCAAGAUGUAGUCGUCAUUUUAAAGAUAUCGAAGGACAUGUCUCAAGGAUACAUCAAACUACAUUAUCGGAGUUACGGCGAUUGCAACGAAGUAUUACAAUACAAAGACCAAAAGAAAAUCCUAAUUCGCGUCAAGAAGCACCUAAUCCUCGUAGCGAUGAUGAGCAUAUUUCGAUAUUAGAAGAUAAUCAACAAGAUAAUCCUGAUUCUCAUCAACAAGAAAUUCCUAAUUCGCGCCAAGAAACACCUACUCCUAAUUCUCAUAGCAAUCAGGAUAAUCAAAAUAGUAGAAAUAUUUAUAACCAUUUAACGUUUAAUAACUGCACUUUUAAUAAUUAUUAUUGUUCGUGA